GGAGUCUUCCGUGAUCAUCUAGGAUCGUGGAUCAUGGGUUAAUGCAACAUAAAAGUUGGAUCUGCUCUUCAUGCAGAAUUGCUAGUAUUGCUACAUGGACUAAAAUUAGCUCGAUCAAAAAAUUUCUUGCCAUUAAUGGUCACUUCUACUUUAACUGGGGAACCUGUCGCUGCGCCACAUCCCCGGAAACUAAUAUGGUUGCAGAUCUGCUGGCGGAAUACGGAAGGAAGUCUAUGAGACCUGAUAUGGAAAGAAACAAUCCUUAUGUUUUUGUAACUACUACUCUUGAUAGAGAUGUUUGUGGAACUGUUUCAUAUGGAUCAGUUCCUUUAUGUAUGUCUAUGGACGAACCUUAAUAUAUAAAUCAAAUCUUUCGGUUUAAGCAAAAAAAAAAAAAGAAAAAAAAACCAUUCAAGGAGAAUUGAGUAAUCU